AUGCCCUUCUUUACUUAUAAUGGAUUUAAUACUGAAGAAUUUGAAUCACAGUUACAUUUGUUUGCUCAAAAGCUACAGACUAUAAACACCCAACAAGAUGUAAUUUGUGCAUUGUCUGAAUCUAUCAUUUGUAUCAAAGAAAAUACUGUAAUUUUACAACUUUAUAUGAGAGUUGUUGAAGAGUACAGUAGCAGAGCACCACCUGAGCAUUUAAUACCACUUGUCUACAUAUUAAAUGAUUUUGCUCAAAAAUGUAAGUCUCAAGCACAUUAUACGUCUGAAGCUCUAUUCAAUAUUUUCAACCAGAUUAACUUAUAUCAUACAGAGUAUAUGGCUAAGGCAAGGAGGUGUUAUAAUAUUUGGAAAAUCCGUGAAAUAUUCGACGCUGACACUUUGAGAAGAUUAGACUGUGCAUUGUUAGGGCUCACACCACCAGUUCCAUCUACACUAUCACACGGAUAUUCAAAAGAACUACAAGGGUUUAGUUCUGAAUCAAAUAAUCGGACAAAUAUUAAUAAUUUAGCAAUCUCCUUUCAAACUAAUAAAGCAAACAAUGAUACUGAGAAAGAAGCCAAAUACUUGCAAAAACAGUAUAACUCAGGUAAUAAAGAAGACUUAAAGUUGAAAAACGGAUACUUAUCGCUAUGUGCAAGUGUCGAUAAUGUCCUUAAGGACGCCGCAAGUAUAAGAGAAAAAAGGAAGAUUAUACAGAGCAUUUGUUCAACAGCGAAUAAAACAAGUAAGCUUUCUAACAACGAAAAACUACUCAAGUUAAUAGAAAUGGAAUGGGAAUUACGUUGCAAUAUAUGCUUAAAUUUGCAGGAGACUUUAAACCUGCUUGACCAUUUACAUUCAGAAGUCAUAAUAAGACUUUCUGACACAGUGGAAGCAUUGCAAGGGUAG